GGGCGUGGCCGGUCCGCCUUUUUUUACACGGGAGUGUCAAAGAAGAAGGCAACACGGCGACGAGGAGCAACAAUGUCUUCGGUGCCUGACGGGAAGAAGCUUGUCCGGAGCCCGAGCGGACUUCGCAUGAUGCCCGAGAACGGCGCCUUCAACAGCCCCUUCUCUCUGGACGAGCCGCAGUGGGUUCCUGACAAAGACUGUCCCAGAUGUAUGCAAUGCGACACCAAGUUCGACUUCAUCCGAAGAAAGCAUCACUGUCGACGCUGCGGCCGAUGCUUCUGCGACAAGUGCUGCAGCAAGAAGGCGGCGCUGCCCCGCAUGUCCUUUGUGGACCCGGUGAGGCAAUGUGCCGACUGCAGCCUGCUCUCGCAGAAGGAGAGCGACUUCUACGACAAGCAGCUCAAAGUGCUCCUGGCAGGAAGCACCUUUCUCGUCACUUUGGGAGGGUCAAACAAGUCUGAAACCAUGACGUGCCGCCUGGCCAACAACCACAGGUACAUGUUCCUGGACGGCGAAAGCCACUUUGAGGUGGAGUUGUCUCGCAUCUCCAGCAUGCAGAUUCAGACUGACGGGACGAGUCCAGGAGAAAAUGAGAGUCGAACUUACACCAGCCUGCUGGAUUAUCAGUGUGCCUACGAAGGAUGUGGCUCACGGGCCAGCGGCAUGCUGGUGCACUACAAGCCCAUGGGCUCCCAGGACACUCAGCAGCUGCACUUAGAGGCGGCCGAUGACAAGAAGGCGGCGGCGCUCUGGCUGGCCGCCAUGCACAAGGGCGCCAAGCUGCUGUACGAAGCGAAGGACCAGUGAGAAGACGUCCAGUCAGAACCUGCAGCACACACACACACACACACACACACACACACACACACACCAGACCCAGCCUUCCUUGGCGGUUCUCCAUCGUGAUCAGGAUGUGAUCCACAUCUCACCUGGGAAAACCUCUCACAGCCAAUCGUACCUAAUCUCUCUACUCUGAACCAAGACCAGCAGGCUGUAAAAACCUCAGCAGGACCUUCUCGUUUACACAAAAAACUUUUCUUUCAUAAAGAAAAAGGCCAGAAAGCUGCUCUCAUUUGCACCAAGUAUUUACUCGGAGUCCAUCUUCCACAUGGUGCUUCUUCCAGAACAAGGUCCGAGGUUCUUCCACUUGGCAAAAAUGUAAGAAUGUGGCACAAUUCAGUAUUUUGGUUUAUUAGACCUGCCAAAAAGUUUAAUAACAAACAUCUCAGCUGUGCGUUGGGAUGAUAGCUUCCUCUUCUCAUCGUAUAUUUUCACAGAUUCGAAUCCUUUAUCAACAUGUGACGCACACCUUUUAUUUUCUAAAUAAGAUGCAGGCCCGUUACAAAAGGAGCUACGCCGGCAAAAACCCCGUUUGGACACGCCCGUUCAACUAAAUUGUUGUCACUUUUACCCUUAUUUUGUAUAUUCCGGAGAACCAACAGGGGGCAGCACAGUGGAACAGGGGUUAGUGCAUGUGCCUCACAAUACAAAGUAUACACGAGUAGUCCUGAGUUCAAUCCCGGGAUCGGGAUCUUUCUGUGUGGAGUUUGCAUGUUCUCCCCGUGACUGCGUGGGUUCCCUCCGGGUUCUCCGGCUUCCUCCCACCUCCAAAGACAUGCACCUGGGGAUAGGUUGAUUGGCAACACUAAAUGGGCCCUAGUGUGUGAAUGUUGUCUAUCCGUGUUGGCCUUGUGAUGGGGUGGCGACUUGUCCAGGGUGUACACCGCCUUCCGCCCGAAUGCAGCUGAGAUAGGCUCCAGCACCCCCCGCGACCCCGAAAGGGACAAGCGGUAGUAAAUGGAUGGAUAUAUUCCGGAGAACCAACAAUAGACAUUUGAUUUUGGUCUAUUUUGGUUUAACUAGUUUGAAUUACACAAGUUUUUAAAACUCUAGUCCAGGGGUCGGGAACCUUUUUGGUUGAGAGAGCCAUACAAGCCAAAUAUUUUUAAAAGUAUUUCCGUGAGAGCGAUAUAAUGUAUUUUCUUAACACUGAAUACAACUAUAUGCGUGCAUUUUUAAGAAAGACCAACAUUUUUAGAGUAUUCUUUUUUAAUAACAUUGUUAUUCUGAGGCUAACCAAAAAUUAAAAAAAAUACUUCUUACCAUUAAUGCGACUUCUUGAACAGGUGCGGUCGAAACCGGAUGGAGGGAUGAAAAUGCAUGAGAAUGUUUUAUAUUUUGAAUGUUAUUUUUGACACUGUGAUUACCAGAGGAAUUAUUCGUUACUUACCGUGUUAAGCAAUGUCAGCUAAGAUUUAUCUGAGAGCCAGGUGUAGCCACAUCUGGCUCUAGAGCCAUAGGUUCCCUACCCCUGCGCUAGUCAAAGAUCAUCUCUACGAGAUUGCUCUAGUGUUUUUAGGGAAUCUUCUCACAAUUUUUUGAGCUACACAAGCGGAAAUUGCUGAAAUGAUUGAAAAACAAAAAGAGAGGACCUAAAACGGAGCCCUGAGGAACACCACCAGUGUAACUAAAGACGUUAAACAAAUGAUUAGGGACUUCAUCCGAAGUAAACAAGCUACAAAAACACCUCACAUCACAUUACGAAAACAAUUUGUAACUGCCAAAAAGGAGAGGACUUAAAGGGGUGCCUUGAGGAACGCCUCAGUUAUGUAUAUCAAAAGUUUGGACCCCGGUGUUCUAUGUUGGCGAGCAGGGUUACAAUGUCUGCCAAUGUGUUUGCAGAGGUCCAAGGUCUUCUAUAAGACAGGAGCACUCUAGGAAUUAUAUGCAGAAAUGUUUCGAACUAAACUCAAGGGUGUCAUUCUCGUGUAGGAUUAGAGUGUACUUUGCUAUCAAAGUGCUGCAGUCCGACGACCUUCUCAGCCACCUGCUCCUGAUGGAAGGUGCUGUUUGCUGCGGAUAGCGGACAACCGAGAGCAGGCGUUCUUAACCUUUUUGAGCUGGGCGGCCAACCUUUCCACUACAGAGGGGCCCACUUCGAUAUUAACACUGAAUUAGUCUUGAUUUUUUUGGGCUUCACGGUGGCAGAGGGGUUAGUGCGUCUGCCUCACAAUACGAAGGUCCUGCAGUCCUGGGUUCAAAUCCAGGCUCGGGAUCUUUCUGUGUGGAGUUUGCAUGUUCUCCCCGUGAAUGCGUGGGUUCCCUCCGGGUACUCCGGCUUCCUCCCACUUCCAAAGACAUGCACCUGGGGAUAGGUUGAUUGGCAACACUAAAUUGGCCCUAGUGUGUGAAUGUUGUCUGUCUAUCUGUGUUGGCCCUGCGAUGAGGUGGCGACUUGUCCAGGGUGUACCCCGCCUUCCGCCCGAUUGUAGCUGAGAUAGGCGCCAGCGCCCCCAAAAGGGAAUAAGCGGUAGAAAAUGGAUGGAUGGAUAGUCUUGAUUUUAAUCGUAUUCAAUAAUUAUAUCUAACUUACUUACAGUUUACCACCUUGUCAAAUGAUAUGGAACCAAGUGCUAAUCACAAAGAUUAUAAUCAAGGCUUAGGGCCGACUGAUUACAGAAAUACUCUCUUAAAACUAAACUAAUAAAAAAUAAAUGUACACACAAUUACACAGUGCUAAAAAAAAUCAAUUUGAACUAAAUUAAUAAUCAUAUGUUUCCUAAGUAAACUUCCAAUAAAUUUAAAUUGCAAAUUAAAAUUCAGCUUUCACCACUUUAGUCAUAUUUUUUUGCCCUGAAGAAACUUCUCCAUGACUUUAGCUCCAGACUUUUUCUGUUUGUUUGAUACUGUCAUUACUGCCACAAGUGGUGGAAAAGUGUAUUACAGCUGAGUAACGCUGCUGUAAUACGGACCACAGCUGAGGAACCCAUAUUUUUUGUCCUUAUGGUUAAAAAACACUGACCUUGAGGGCGCUAACUGUCCCUAAGGUUAUAUUCCGCCCUUUUCCUGGUCUGACCAUGUAAGCCCCGCCCCGCCAAAAAACAGGCACCAAAGGACAACGUUGGAAGUGUAUGAUUCCGACUAACAGGACGACUUUUUCCACCUCAAAGAAAAAGACUAAAACUCUUCCAAGUCCGACUGUCGACACCUCUAGAUGUCACUUACUAGUUCCACGGCAUAGCUUUUUAAACCGUUUCCUCUGAAACAUCCUUUAUGGACGUGUGACGGUUUAUUCCAACUGUGAAAAAUUGUUACAUUUGCUUGUCGAAUCUGUUAUUGUAUGUUUUGGACUGCACUUUUUUAAGUCAGCUUGGAUCCAUCUGUCCCAGUCCAGCAGGUUCUACGUUGCCUAUCACAUGAACAACACUAGCCCUCAACACGUGAAGUACUCACAAGGAAGUUUUAUAAAAGAUACCUUGUUGGAUCCUCCUUCUUCACCAGGAGCCAAAUUCUUGCCUUCAUACUUUGUCAAAUUGUUGUCUUCACCAUCGAGAACUACUCUGGAACAAAAACCAACCGGCAGCAGCUAUUGACCAUUAACUGCAUAUCUUCGAGACGCUGAGAAAGAUAAACUUUGGGCAAUGAAGCGGCCAGAACAGGGCUGGAGCGCCUACGACCCAACUAGCUACAGAGAUGGGUCUUGGGUGAACAGACGGAGGAUGUAUCAUCCAUGAGCCACCGUUCUCUCGCCAUACCAACAGGCAGAUGGUGCUCCUUCUGCCAAGCGGAAAUGAAAGCGAUCAAAAUUACAAGCUGUCUGGGAAGAAGAAGCCAGAAUAGUUAGUGACAGCCUAUCGUCACUGCUGAGUAUCCAGAACGCCUAACCUUCCAAACCCCUCCCCAAAAUCAUCCAAAUCCUUUCAGACCUCUGUGUGGGGGGUGGGAGCCGGAUUACUUUCACUGUGGUAGCUCAGUAAUCAACCUGUCGACCGUCAAACUAGAGGGGGAGCCAAAUCCGACCAAUCUGAAGUCUACUGCCACUACGAUUCAGCCAAGGCGGCAAUCCGACGGGCGAUUGGGGACGGUCCAAUCCAGCACGAGCGGACUACACAAACCUACGGUGAUGGGGUGAGAAACUUAAGCCAUCUGGCGGGGAGGAGUCAUUCCAGAAGUGGUCGAUAAAAUACUGGCUCGCUAAGAUCAACCGGGCCAUGGACACAAUUUGCCGGAAAUGGGGCCUUGGUGAAGAGACUCCACAGUUGGUUGUCUACGACUGCCCGCUCAUCCACCCCCAGAUCUGCUCGCUACUGAUCCUCUUCGCGCUUUGUCUACAUGGGAGAAGUGGAAGUUAGCGCCCGGGCUACCUGAAGUUUCCCUAACCUGGUCCUCGGGACCAGCAAUAGAAGUUGCAGCUUUGAGUCCCACCCCAGGACAGAGUGCCUGGCGGGAUACCCAGCAUUUGUCCACCACCAUGCGUUGUAGGUCCGUAUGAAGUGAAUGAUGUCACCAUCAUUCUUAAUAACAAUAAUAAUACUUUAAUACAUUCCUGCAAAGAGUCUUCUGAGAAGACACACAGAGUUGAACCCAUCGGAUGAAGGAUCUGAAUCCGCGCUGGAAAAGAUCAAACAACUUUUCCCACAACAAUGGUAAGAAUUCUGACUCCUGGUCAGCACAACCAGUACCAGUAUUGUUCAUCACUGCGGUCCGCUCGGUCAGCAGAGGUUUAUUUUUGUACGCUAAUCACCUAAGAGUUUGUUACCAAGCAGAAGAACAAAGUGGAAACAUGUCCCACUGGCUUGUAUUAAUGAAGGAGAAUAAAGUACAAGUAUUUCUACUUUUAAA